CGCUACACGCCACACUUGAACAAAUGUCCCCCUCACAUCAACCAAUUCAUCUUAUCGAGAGCCAGGCUCUGAGAAAUAUUUUGAUUAAGCAGCACAAGAUUGAUCGUUUGGAAAGAGAUAUGAUUUUGGUGGACGUGCGAGAGCCGUCUGAAAUAGAAAAUGGAGGGAAAAUCCAAGGAGCUGUCAAUAUACCGUAUGGCCUUUCCAAAACCAAUCCUGCUUUAUUUAGAGCAGUUUUGAAUGAUCUCGACAAGGAGCGCUGGACGAUCUUUCAAUGUCGAUCAGGGCGCCGGAGCGAUUUUACUGCCCUGGAAGCACUCAACCUUGGUUUCACCAGGGUUAGUGAUCUAAAAGGUGGUGCAUUGGAAUGGGAAGCUCUUGGGUUCCCUCUCCAGAAAUUCAAUAACAACCAUUCACCAUGGGUGCAUUCAAUCGCAACAAAUAAUUCAAACACAAGUCAUAUUAUAACUGAUCUCGUAACCAAGGAGGCUAUUAUUGUAAACCCGAGUCUAGAAACUGGAGUUGGUGUAGAUCCAAUGGCAACGGCAAACAAGAUACUUGCGUUUGUUGCUGAACAUCAACUGAAUGUCAAGCUGAUUUUGGAUAGUCAGAACUUUAAUUCAGCUGCUUAUUACCUCAAUGAAUCAUUAGAUACUCAUCCUCCAGUUGGUCUAGAUAGCGUCGCUCGUGAGAAUAAAGAAAAUCUUACAUGGAAACUGGGACAACACAUAGACUGUAGUGCAUACGUUACAUCAGACACAACGACAUUUAUGUUUGGCGAUUGUUUAUUCAUAGACCAGACCAUCAGUACGAACAACGUUGUAUUGUCAAUAGACACUCGUAUCUAUGCAAGAGAUGUAGCACUCAAGAGAGGGGCUGUGAAAAAACCAACAAAAGAAUACCUUGCAAAUGGAGAUGCUUUAUUGAUUCCCGGGACAUACUAAAUGGCUCUUAUAUAUCAAGGGUCAAAUGAAUCGACAAUUAGGAAUGACUCGAUUAUCAUUUGGGGAUUUUAGACCCUUGGUAAAAUAAUAAGCUUAGAGAACAAUAGAUCUCCGGUUUCUCAUUGUAAAAUUCAAAAAAUAAAAUAAAAUAAAAACAAGGGAUUAAGGGUG